AGAAUCAUCGAGUGUCAACAAAUAGAAAGCAACAAUCAAGGUCUCAUAAAACCACUUGCCUGGAAUCUUUCUACGUAGAAAGAUGUCCCUGGAGGAAAUGAAAGAUCUUCAGCUGGUGGGAAAAUACAUACAACCAGAAACCAAGGAAGUGAAUGGAGUCCUUUUGACUAAGUUUAUAAGUGAUAAUUGGGAGAACAUCUGGAAUUUCCAAGCAAGACCUGAUGAUCUUCUCAUUGCAUCCUAUGCCAAGGCAGGCACAACCUGGACACAGGAGAUUGUGGACAUGAUCCAAAAUGAUGGAGAUGUGGAGAAGUGCCGGCGGGCCAACACCUUUGACCGGCAACCUUUCAUUGAAUGGGCUCUACCCCCGCCCUUGAACUCAGGUCUGGAUCUGGCCAAAAAAAUGCCUUCUCCUAGAACUAUGAAGACUCAUCUGCCUGUUCAGUUGCUGCCACCUUCUUUCUGGAAAGAAAAUUCAAAGAUUAUCUAUGUAGCUAGAAAUGCAAAGGACACUGUGGUGUCCUACUACCAUUUCUCAAGAAUGGCUGCACUACUACCUAACCCUGGUACAUGGGAAGAGUUUGUUGAGGCAUUCAAAGCUGGAAAAGUGCUAUGGGGCUCCUGGUAUGAUCAUGUGAAGGGAUGGUGGAAUGCGAAAGACCAGCACCGUAUUCUCUACAUCUUCUAUGAGGACAUUAAGGAGGACCCAAAGCGGGAAAUUCAGAAGAUUUUGAAGUUCCUGGAGAAAGAAAUACCAGAAGAAGUUCUGAAUAAAAUCAUCUAUCAUACCUCCUUCAAUGUAAUGAAGCACAACCCAAUGGCCAACUACACCACUUUGCCUACCAACCUCCUUGACCACUCUAUCUCCCCUUUUAUGAGGAAAGGGAUGCCUGGUGACUGGAAGAGCUAUUUCACUGUGGCCCAGAAUGAAGAAUUUGACAAGGACUACCAGAAGAAGAUGGCAGGGAGCACCCUGACCUUCCGCACAGAGAUCUGACGGCAACAGGGGUGUCUGUCAGUCAAGGAUAUUCUUCCUAGAUUUUAGGCAUUUGAGCCUCAUGAUCAAGAAAACUUAAAAUUUCCUCUAAUUCUGGGCUUUCCUACACUAUCAGUAGAUUGUAUGCCACUGUGAUAUACUUCAUCCAAAUGCAACCAAAUCUUGGGUAGAAAUUUAAAAUUAAAUUACAUGAUCAUUCACAUAGACACCUACCACAUGACGGUGUACUCACCUGCAGACUCACUAUUUUACAAUAGCCUGGCUGCCCAGAUGCAAAAUUCACGAAAAGAGAAAAAUAAAUAAGAGCAGAAACUUCAGCAUAAGAGAAAGUGAAUGAGGAGCAGAGUAUGAGAAAGAGACACUAUGGAGAAUGUGAAAGGGGAAUCAGGUUUUACUCUUAGCCAUCGACACUGAGACACAGAGGAUGGCCAAGCUCUUGGAAGCAUUAGGUUAUGAGGCGCAGAAGGUAAAAUGAAGGGAAGCCAGUGAGCUGUGCCUGACUUAGGUGGUCUCAAGCUGGACAUGGAGAAAGACAAGAAAGAAAUGCAUUAUGAGCAGCACAAGAAACAGGAACAGAAACAGUUCACUUCUGAGGCCAACACAAGACAGGAAGGCAGAAAACAAUCUAUAUUUCAGAUAGGCUUUUUAGAGAGAAAGGGGAGGGGAUCCUCAAAUUGGCCCCUGUCACUCAAAGAAAAUAAAAUACCAGCACCACAUGCACUUUAAGAUAAUCCUGAAUAUCACAUAUCUAGAAGGAUCAUCUUUCAUAUUUCUUAAAAAGAGGCUUUUAGAAAAAUGGUCAAUAUUUACAAAUUAUUCAGCUACACAUGUAAUCAUGUUCUGUUUCUUUUUUUACACUAAAAUCUGUCUCAAGAAAGAUCUAGCAUCAUUUACACAAGAAGUGAAAAGAUCAAUGUAUUAUUUUAAAAGAACGUCAGGAAGGUACAGUUUAUGGGAGUAGUGCAUUUCUAUGCCACUAAAUCAUAAUAUACAGAAUAUUAUCAACUCCAUGCAGGAACAAAGGAAGUCCUGUUUGAAUUCUUUCAUCAUCAUACUUUCUAAGCAUGAAAAUCAUUAACUACAUGACAAGUAAUUCAGUAGAGUGUGCAGUGUCAAGCUCCUCUGAGGAAAUACAUGGUGAAGUGAACCAGCAUGAUUGAAUAGUACAUACAUUUUUUUCAAUGAAUACCCACACCACAUUUCCAGCUCACAUUCUAAGAACUACCUAAAAAUGUAGAUAGCAAGCACCUAACAACUCCCCUUCUGUACGCAGUAUGACCUGGGCAAAUAAAAGGACUAUCCACAAUGUAUCUGGAGUUCACAACUUGGGGAAAUGUGCAAUCCUUCUUUUAUGAAUUGUAAGGUUCUUUUUACUUUCAUUAUAAAAAUAAAUUCCAUUCAUAUGUUCUCCAUCA